UAUUUCAAACAUAUUUAUAGAUAUUAUAUUCAUUUCUCUAAAUAUUUGUAGGAAUCCCAAAUACCCAGCAUGGCAAAACUUUUUCUCUUAAUUGCUGUAGCCUCAGUGGUUGUUUGUGCUGCUUUGGCUAGAGGUCAAAGCGAAUGUGAGAAGCGCCGAGAGGAAGCUCUGAAGCAUGAGACCAUCAUGAAGCUCAUCCCUAAGUGCAAAGAUAAUGGUGACUACGAGGAACUGCAAUGCUACAAAGACAGCAAGUUCUGCGUCUGCUACGACAAAAAAGGACAUCCUGCUAGUCCAAUUUUGUCCAAGCUCACGGAGUGUGGAUGCUUCUUGGAAAGGAAGCGCAAGAUUGACAGCAACCACGACAACGCUUUCAUUCCUCAGUGUGAAAAUAACGGUAGCUGGACACCAAAACAAUGCUGGGACUUCAACAACAGUUGCUGGUGUGUUGACAAGAACGGCAAACAAGUCGGAGACAUCAAGCACGAAGGAAAGGGUCUUGACUGCUAAGAAAAUCAAUUUUGUCCAAUUAUCUGAUUAAUAAAAUCUUAACAAACUGUU